UGUUGGGGAAAACCUUGGACACCGAGUGUCCACCUGCCACAACCGGCAAUCUCGGGGCAGAAAAGUGGCCGAGGCUGCUGUGCAAGCUGAGCCUUGAGUUCGUGGACAAACCCCAUCUCAACAGUGUCGGGGACCAGAGACCCCUGACGCCCAGAUGAAGCCGUUCUUUGUGGAGGUGAAGGGACAGGAGACGGCCGCCUUGACAGGUCAUGUUCUGGACCAAAACAUCACAGAUGUCCACCAGUUGCAUCUUGAUGUGCCAUUAGCUGUAACCGAAGACCCAGAUCCCAAGACCACAGCCAAGCAUUCCCGCUGCCAAGAACGGAAGACGAUGGAGCUCUCGGACAGCGACCGCCCCGUCAGCUUCGGCUCCACGUCGUCCUCGGCUUCUUCCCGGGACAGUCAUGGUUCCUUUGGCAGCCGAAUGACCUUAGUUUCCAACAGCCACUUGGGCUUGUUUCCCCAGGAUAAAGAAGCAGGAGCCAUCAAACUGGAGCUGAUUCCAGCCAGGCUGGUUUCCAGCAGCGAGCUGCAGAGGGAGAGCCUGGCCAGGCAACAGAGCCCAGACACGGGCAGCGAGAGGCAGCCCUGGGCCCAGCGGAGGGUGGAGGCCAACGGGGCCACCAAAACAGGUGCUGAAUCGGCCACCAGCCCCAAGCUCCUCUACGUGGACAGAGUUGUUCAGGAAAUCCUGGAGACGGAAAGGACUUAUGUGCAAGAUUUAAAAAGCAUCGUAGAGGAUUACCUUGACUGCAUCAGGGACCAAACCAAACUUCCUCUGGGGACAGAAGAAAGAUCAGCGCUUUUUGGAAACAUACAGGAUAUCUACCACUUCAAUAGUGGACUUUUGCAAGAUUUGGAAAACUGUGAAAAUGAUCCUGUGGCCAUAGCAGAAUGUUUUGUGUCCAAGAGUGAAGAUUUCCACAUUUACACCCAGUAUUGCACGAACUACCCGAGAUCUGUGGCUGUGCUAACUGAGUGCAUGAGGAACAAGACCCUGGCCAAGUUCUUCAGGGAACGUCAGGAAACUCUGAAACACUCACUGCCUCUGGGGUCCUAUCUCUUGAAACCAGUUCAGCGGAUUCUCAAGUAUCACCUCCUUUUGCACGAAAUAGAAAAUCACCUCGACAAGGACACAGAAGGCUACGACGUGGUGCUGGAUGCGAUAGACACGAUGCAGCGCGUCGCCUGGCACAUCAACGACAUGAAGCGGAAACAUGAGCACGCAGUCCGGUUACAGGAGAUACAGAGCUUGCUCACUAACUGGAAGGGGCCAGACCUAACCAGCUACGGGGAACUGGUGCUCGAAGGAACCUUCCGCAUCCAGCGGGCCAAGAACGAAAGGACCCUCUUCCUCUUUGACAAGCUGCUUCUCAUCACGAAGAAGAGAGACGACACGUUUACGUACAAAGCUCACAUCCCGUGUGGCAACCUCAUGCUCGUGGAAGUGAUCCCCAAGGAGCCGCUCAGCUUCAGCGUCUUCCACUACAAGAACCCCAAGCUGCAGCACACCGUCCAGGCCAAGUCGCAGCAGGACAAACGGCUGUGGGUUCUGCACCUGAAGAGACUGAUCCUGGAGAAUCACGCGGCCAAGAUCCCAGCGAAGGCAAAGCAAGCAAUACUAGAAAUGGAUGCCAUUCAUUACCCCGGCUUCUGCUACAGCCCCGAGGGACAGGCGAAGACCUGCUCCACUCCCUACCGGCUGAGAAGAAAAUCUGAACCUUCCUCAAGAUCACAUAAAGUUUUGAAGACCAGUGAAACAGCACAAGACAUCCAAAAGGUUUCCAGAGGAGAAGGCUCUCCCCAGCGGAGGUCGGCAGGGCCGUCGCCCGCGCAGAGGAACAGCCAGACCAGCGGCUCCGCCAUCCUCAGCGUGCUCCGUGGGGGCGGGGCCGUCAGGAACAUCUGGACCGACCACCAGAUCAGGCAGGCCUUGUUCCCCAGCCGCCGGGCCCAGGAGAACGAGGAGGAGGACGACGAUUACCAGAUGUUCGUGCCAUCCUUUUCCUCCUCAGACCUGAACUCCAGCCGGCUGUGCGAAGACAGCACCUCCAGUCGCCCUUGCAGUUGGCACCUGGGACAGAUGGAGGCCACUGAGGCUGCCAGCUCUGGCCACAGGGUGGUCCGGCGGGCCAGCAGCGCUGGCGAGAGCAACACGUGCCCUCCGGAAAUAAGAACCAGGGACAGCGACGGCUCUCAGUACAGUCCCCAAAGGGAACUGCAGAAUGACCCUAAAAUGGAAGGGCAGGACGGAAUGACCCCCUUCGGCUCAUCUAUAGAGUUGACUCUGGAUGACAUAGACCACGUCUAUGAUAACAUAAGUUAUGAGGACUUAAAACUCAUGGUCGCUCAACGGGAAGAAGCUGAGUCCACUCCCCCCAGAGCAGCCAGGGACUCUGUUCGACCCAAGAGCACCCCGGAGCUAGCCUUCUCCAAGGGGCACGCUGGCCAUGAGAAGAGCCCUCUGCACACCAAGAGAGGGGGGCCUUGGCCAGGUCGGGAGGCGUCGAACCAGAGCGUACAUGAACUUGAGGUGGUGGAGGAGAACAUCUACGACACCAUCCGGCUCCCGGACCCGCCCUCGCUGGACUUCAGGUGCAGCAGCCUCACGCGUCCCAAGAGGAGCACCUUCCUGGGCCUGGAGGCCGACUUCGCGUGCUGCGACACCCUGAGGCCCUUUGUGUCCCAGGACAGCCUCCAGCUCAGCGAGGACGAGGCACCCUACCAGCCGGGCCCCUCGGACAACGACUACUUGAGUUUGCUGUAUAACUCCUUCGGCUGUAACUUGUCCAUAUCGGAGAAGUCUAUAUCUGAUAAGCUGUCAGAAGAAGUAGACGAAAUCUGGAAUGACCUGGAGAAUUACAUCAAGAAAAACGAGGUCAAGGCCAGAGACCGGCUCCUCGCCGCGUUUCCCGUCAGCAAAGACGACGUGGCGGACAGGCUGCACUCGGAGAGUGCGCCCGAGCUGAGCCAGGACGCGGCCCGGGCCCUGUCCACACUCUCGCUCCCCGAGAGCCGCGCACUCCUCACGCUGCAGGACAGGCCGGGCAGGGCCAGCAGGGCCAGCUGCCCGCUGGGGGAAGACCUGCUGUCUAAGGAAGGCUCCUUUCUCAGUCUCAACCGGCUCUCUCUGGCCAGCGAAGGGCCGCCCCUGGAAAACCCCUAUGACUUGGCCAGCAGCAGUCUGUCCCAGGUGGACCUGGACAGCCCGGACCCUGGGGUGGACGCCACAGAUAAGACCAAGAGCCGGGUUUUUAUGAUGGCGAGGCAGUACAGUCAGAAGAUCAAGAAGGCAAAUCAGCUCUUAAAAGUGAAAAGCCCGGAGGUGGAGCAGCCACCGGCCAGCCAACCGCAUAGAUCUGUGCACAAGGACCUGGCUGCCAUCCUAGAAGACAAGAAGCAAGGAGGGCCCGCCAUCGGUGCCAGGAUUGCUGAGUACUCACAAGUGUAUGACCAGAUUGUAUUCAGAGAGACUCCCUUUAAGACUCAGAAGGAAGGCUGGGCCAGCCCUCAAGAAUCCUCCACCCUCAGAUCUACAUCCCCUUCCCAGGCCCAACGUGGGAGUGAGGAUUGGCUUUUGCAUUCAACCUAUAGUAACGGAGAAUUAGCAGAUUUCUGUCACCGGCCAGGGCAAGACUUGAAGCCAAAAUAUCCUACUUUGGAGAUCCACACAAAAAAUAUUCCACGACAUUUGUCCACAGCUUGCUCUGUGCCUUCUCUGCAAACCUCCGACCAUCUGCUGGGCUCCAUACAGAGACACAGUGUGGUAGUCAGUCAGCCCAACAAGGAGAACUCAUGUCAAGGCCAUCUUUAUAACUCUUUGGGUCGGAAAGGAUUCAGCACUAAAUCUCAGCCUUAUAACAGGUCCCAGUCAUCUUCCUCCAUCUUAAUAAACAAGUCAGCGGACUCCAUCAACUACCCUAAUGAGGUGGGAAGGAAACAGCUGUUGUCUUUACACAACAGUUCAAAGUGUGAGAGUCACCAGGAUUUGCCGCCAGGUAUAAGUGGCUCGUGUCAACAGGGUACUGGAAAACGCUCAGAUCUCACUCUCCAAGACUCACAGAAAGUUCUGGUAGUAAAUAGAAAUUUACCCUUAAAUGCCCAAAUAGCUACACAGAACUAUUUUUCCAAUUUCAAAGAGACGGAAGGAGACGAAGAUGACUAUGUGGAAAUAAAGUCAGAAGAAGAUGAGGCAGAGUUAGAGCUGUCUCACAAUCGUAGAAAGAAAUCUGACCCAAGGAUAGUGGACGCAGACUUUUCUGAUAACGUCGGCAGCAACAACACAUCUUACUCUUUGCAUAGCCCGUGCACUCCCAGAAAGCCAGUGAGCGGCAAACUUGGGGUUUCACCCUACCUGACACCAUACGACGAUUCUGACAAACUGAAUGACUAUCUUUGGAGGGGCCCAUCUCCCAAUCAGCAAAACAUUGUCCAGAGUCUAAGGGAAAAAUUCCAGUGUCUUAGUUCUAGCAGCUUUGCCUAAGGUUCUUAAUAGCCGCUGCCCGAAUUCACUUCUUCAUAUGCUCCUGCAUUACAGAACCUGAGGCGUGUUUUCUAUGUACCAGAUUAAAACAGUUUUGUAAUUACCGGAGGUGUAAAUUGUACUUUCUUUUACAGCACAACUUUUUGAAUGGCUGACGAUCCAGCCAGGAUUGUACUGUAGCCAGUGUCAGCAUCUUACCUGUGUUCUGGUGCUGGUUGUCUUCAUGUUUCAUGUAAGUCAAUCUUACUUGAAAAUUUCUAGAUGGUUUUCUUUUUUUAACAAGAUGGCCACAUUUUUUCUCUAUAUUCUGACAGUAGUGCCCUGAUUUUAAAAAAUGCAGCACUCCUCUUGUUAUCCAGAAGCCAGGACUAGUUUUAUCUGGGGACUCAAAGGCAGCAGAGAGGCUUUUCCAUAUGUUUUUCAAAUGAAAGGAAGCAAAGCUCUUUAAAGGAUUAUGCUUAUUAUAGCUGGCAUUUCUGUUCUACUUGUGGCAAGACCUUAGAAUAACAUAAGCUAAAGAUCUCUCAUUGGAGUAUAGCCUUCGGUGCCCAUUUUAGGGUUUCUGUUCUGGUAUUCAUGUCUACAUCAGCUCAUUGCAAUGCAGAAAUGGUGUAAGUACUGGAGAUGAGCAUGUAACGAGACCAAUGUUCUAUAAGCAAAAAUCUCUACCUGGGCUCCUGGACAAGGCCUGGAGAAUGUGCUGCUCUUCACGUUUAUUUUAUGAUUCCGGGGGUGAAACAGGUGAUUUCCUCAAUGGCUUAAAGAAACCCCAAGAAAAAUGCAAAUUGACUUAACUAUUAGGAAAGAUGGGUUGACAUCUGGGAACAGCUUGAUUAUCUGCUCAUAUUUUAGUUGAAGGGCUGGGAGGAAUAGAACUGUUCUUACCAUUUUUUGCGCCUGUCUCUUAUCAACACAGAGUAAAACACAAGCUAAAAUGAAACGAAGCACUUUAAAGUUACCCUUUCCAGAGCAGUUUUUCACACGAACUUUCCUGAGUUUUGUACUCAGCCAAGUACCCUGACCCGGCCUGCAGGAUUUCCUUGGCUGCAGUGAAAUUUGUUUCCAAAAGCAAACAUCGUGUGGGGCAUAUAAAAGAAUGGAAUCUUUGGUUGAUAAGUUCUAAUAACAUCUUUUAUGUUGUAAUUAUGGUCUUUAAAUAGCAUUUUAUUGUGAUAUGUUGUAUUGCUAUAACUCUUUAUGGAAGUAAACUAAAAACAAAAGCAAAUCUUGUGAGGAGAGGCAAAAUUCAAGGAAGCUAAACAGAAAAAUGAAGCAGGUUUGCUGCUCCUUUCUAAAAAUAGUCUAUCUUACCGAAGACUCCAGUCAGUGCACAACAACGUUUCUCAGCAGUGGCCUCUGCAUUCUCAUUUUAAGCAGUUUUACAUUCCGUGGCCCCGCCCCCACCCUCUCCGUUUUCAUUUUAAUAAAAGACAAUAUGUGUAGGGCACAGGCUGCUGGCUUUUCAUUUGAAGGUGAACAAUGAUAUUGAUUUGAAUCAGUGACAUCUUAUCCUAAUUCUUUCCCCCCUUUUAAGUCCUAUGCCUCUUUUUCUGAACUGGAAAACAAAAUGUGACCAUUAUUGUAUAAACAGGUACCUAAGGCAUUCAUUUUUCUUUUUAAAUAACAAAAGGUAACCCAAGUUUUUUGCUUCUCUAUACCGUUCUUGCUGCUGAUAGCUUAUAACACAAAGUCCAUACUAAAUGGCAUGGUUCUGGAAACAUUUCUUCUUUCCAUUCCUUUCUUUAAACGUGAUCCAAGUUUUCAAGGUUAGCAGUAUCAGAAAAGAAAGGACUGUAAGAAGGCAGGUUCUUAGACCUGCUAGAGGUAUUUGUAAGAGCAAAACAAAGUUACCUGACUCUUCUGGUCCCAAGAAUGCAGCCUCGCAUGUUUGCCUUUUCAUGCCUAUGACCCCGAUUCUGUCGUGUCCGUGUUACUGGGGUGUCUUACUCUCGGAAAUGAUUAAUUUUUAACACCAGUGUCUUGUUGACAGCUUUGAUGUCACCUAGAGGAACACACCCCACUACACGAUGUACAUGUCUUACUGUUAGGUUCUAGGGCGUGUCUCUAGUUUUAUAGAUGACUUCUGUCGGCCAGGAUGCAGAUUUUGAGAGCUGUGUGUGUAUAUAUAUAUAUAUAAAAAUCAUGUUCAUAUUUUUCCUCAGUUGUCAAUUAAGUGCUUUUGUUUAAAAUAGUUUCUUUUGGAGGUGGGGUGAGGAUGUAUAUAAUUGAGGAAAAAGAGGUAUACGUACUUCAAAGUAUGUCACGUUUUUAUUAGGUCUCUGUACUGAAGGUUCAAUUUUUUUAUCAGUUCACUUUUCCCCUACUCUAUUAUUUGUGCAAAAAAAAUGUAUCUAGGAAACAUAGUUUAAAUAUUGUAUAUAAGUUAAUAAAAGUUAGUAAUGCUCAUUAUUUAAUAAAGUUUAUAAAGUACAAAGUGAA